UCUCUUUUUCUGAUUUGCAUAUAGGGUUAUCGUUACCAUCUUUUAUUUUAUAACUUUUAAGUAAUCCUGACAGAGUUGUGUAAGGGUUUGUUUUAAUCCCUAGGUUUUUAACCUUAACAUAAAGAAAAUUGUUAUUUUAUUCUUAUUUCUCUUUUUAUCAUAAAUAUCAGAAUGUACUAUAUAUGUUUUCAGCUUCUUUAGAGAUUAUUCAUAUUCGGAGUUGGCAUUUUGACUAGCUUAAUUUAUCUUGAUCCUUAGAUUCUAUAUUUAAUCAACAUCUAACACUAUGCCUUGCACAUAGUAGGCACUCAAAAAACAUGUCCAGUGAAUCAAGGUAUAUGAUAUGGUGCUCUUAAUUAUAUUUCAUAAGUUUCCUUUCUUAACUCCUCCCUUUUACCUCAAAUAUAUUGCCCUUUUUCGAUAUUCCUUUUCUUUCUGGCUUCAUAGUCUUCAGUAUUCUGUUCCAAUGUAAUUGCUUUGCUGUUUUCUCUUUCUUGAACUUCUUGGAAAGUUUAAUGGCCCUCAGUCUUUUUCUGAGACUCAUAUACUUGCUAUUUUGUAUUUGCCUACUUUCUCUUAGAAAAUAUCUCUCUUCCCCUUCUCUUUUGAUCUAUCUUAAUUUCUAUUGAAAAAACCGUCUUUGAGGCUGUUUAUUGUUUUUGUCUUUUUCACUAUUUUCAUUGUGGUUUUCCCAUCCUGAGCAACUAUUUAGUUGUUACUUUGUAAAUAAUAAACAUAAUUUUAUGUAUUCUGUGUUUUUAGUCUAUUGAAGACAAUGAAGUAUAUUUGCCUAAUGAUGAGAUUUGGACCUAUGAUAUUGAUAGUGGGUUGUGGUAAGUAAUUUUACAUUGCUUAAUGUCCAAUCUUAAUAUCUGUUACAACUGUUAUCAUAGACAACAGGAGAUCUGAGACCGUGCUCAGAACAUACUGCAAUAUUAUGUUGUCUCCCUUUCCUUUUCCUUCAGUGCUUUAUUCCCUCUGGAUGUUUCUCUCCCCAGAUCCCUUCCUCCCUUCAUUUGUUGUCCUUUACUGUUCCUAUCUGAAGACUUUGUUUUGUUCUACUAUUUCCCAAUUCUGGUGACAUGAGAAGAUUUUGUAACUUUUUUCCUCAGUAGGUUGCAAAGUCUUUACCAUGGAUCUUCUUAUAGUUUUCAGAGUAUUGGCUACCAUGAUAUCUUAAUUGGAAUUGUCAGUGACAAUUUUCAUUGAAAAAGUACUGAUGGAGUUCAAAAGGAAUUUUAAUUUGCCUUUCUGGAAAGUUACGGCUUCCCACGUUGUUCUUGCUGCAGGACAAUGCACCUCAUGGAAGGAGAACUGCCUACCUCCAUGUCAGGAAGCUGCGGUGCUUGCAUUAAUGGAAAGCUGUACGUUUUUGGAGGAUAUGAUGACAAAGGAUACAGCAAUCGACUUUAUUUUGUUAAUUUGCGAACAAGAGAUGGAACCUACGUUUGGGAAAAAAUCACCAACUUUGAAGGGCAACCACCCACACCACGUGAUAAACUUUCCUGCUGGGUUUAUAAAGACAGAUUAAUAUAUUUUGGCGGCUAUGGGUGUAGGAGACAUAACGAACUCCAAGAUUGCUUUGAUGUUCAUGAUGCAUCUUGGGUACGUCCGCCAGAACUAUUCAUAGCUCAGACUGGCUUCUGUAUGACAGAAGAGCAGAUAUUCUGGGGAUGGCAUAAUGAUGUUCACAUAUUUGACACAAAGACACAGAGUUGGCUUCAACCCGAAAUUAAACAAACUAGGAUGAAUGAUUUGCACUAUCUAAACUUAGAUACCUGGACCUGGUCUGGAAGGAUUCCUAUUAAUGGAGAAAGCCCUAAACAUCGGUCAUGGCAUACUUUAACACCAAUAGCUGAUGAUACUCUUUUCCUGUUUGGUGGACUAAGUGCAGACAAUAUUCCAUUAAGUGAUGGUUGGAUUCAUAAUGUCAUAACUAACUGUUGGAAACAGCUCACACAUUUACCUAAAACAAAACCCAGGUUAUGGCACACAGCCUGUUUGGGAAAAGAAAAUGAAAUAAUGGUAUUUGGUGGGAGCAAAGAUGAUUUACUUUCCUUGGAUACAGGUCAUUGUAAUGAUUUAUUGAUCUUUCAAACACAGCCUUAUUCAUUGCUCAGGUCAUGCCUUGACUGCAUUGGUAAAAAUGCUAUAAUUUUAGAAAGUCAGAUAUCUUUAUUACCUCCUAAACUUCUCCAACAAGUACUCAAAAAAAUAACAUUUUGGACUGCAGCUAAUCACCGGGAAGAACAAAGAGCCCAAAAAGAAGAAACAGAAAAUAAAUAUCAGUGGAUCAGUAGCAAUUAAGUUGUUAUAUAUGCUAUAUGUUUAAUAUGUUUAAACAUUUUAAUCAGACUGUAUAUUUACCCCCCAAAUUGGAGGCUUUAUUUAGAAGAUAAAAUCUGAAACAGAAAUUCUAUGUUAAAGUGAUUGUAUGGCAUGAGAUAUAUGGAAAGAAGAUGUUAAUGGCAGAUUAAUUUAUAUUUAUAUUUGUAAAUUAAUUUAAUUGUAAGUUGCAGAAAAAAAAUCUACUUUCUGAAAGUAAGUACAAUUGUCAGAGAGUUUAACUCACUGUGUCCUCUUUACAGGAAAGAUUAUACAAAUUUGAGAAGAAUUAAGAAAUUACACCCAAGGAUUUAGGGAUUCUCCAAUAUAAAGACAAAUAGAUAUAUAAAAACACUUCAUGUCAGCUUUCAGAAAGAACAGAUUUUUCUCAAGUCACUUUAAAGUCACCUAAAGUUUCCCAUUAAUUAAUUCAGUUAUUUAAAGAACUUCUCCUUACAUAACUAAUGUAGCUGGCCAAAACGAGAAAAUAGGCAGGCAGUGGUAUGGGAUUAAAUAUUGAACUCCUUUUAGCAUUUAUCUAGUAAAGUAUUCUUGGUCAUCUUUAUUUGAGUAGGGAAAUGAAUGUCUUCAUUGUCUUUCUGUUACCUCUAAGUUGUUAGAUUGUCCCAUUUUCUCUGUAUAUAUAAAGACAAUGUUUGAAAGUGUUACAGUGGAGAUUUAUCAUACAGGGUUUGAAAUACUGAGAGGCAGCAUAGUUAUUAACUUUUGAGACACCUUAAAAUACAUUUUGUCUUGGGGGCGUACUUCUAAAGAGUAACCUUCAGUGAAUUAUGAAAUGGGAUGAUAACCUAGUAAUUUAUCUUUCUAGAAACUCAUUUUGGUCCACACCAUUCUACAGAGUUGGUGCUCAAGACCCAGGUUAUUCAAAAUAUGUUAUCUUACCAUUUGUUUUCAGUAUUAACUCCUUAUAAAGAAAUGGAACAUGAAUAUUUAUCUUUGUAGUCCUUAAAUAGUACUUUUUCCAUAAUUAAGAAGUUCUUCAUAUAUCACAGUCAUAUCCAUCCAUUAAAUUACUAAUAACAAGGAAUUGCUGAAAACUCGGUAUAUAAAAUUUCUCUCUACCAUACUACCAUGCAAGUUGGCUCUGCAAUUUAAAAUGUUAGAGUAAAUGUAUUUCUAUAUUGAAGUAUACAUGUAAUUUAUAAUGAAAAUUACAGUAGUUUGUAGAUCUUCUUAAAUUUUAGAGAUAUAUUUUAUAUAUAUAUAUGUACUGUAUUUUGGAUGUGUAAAACUUCUAUUUAUGUAUUGAAA